GCAAAGCGAACGCGGAAAAGUGGAAAACUCAACUGGUGUUUGUUGCUGUUUCGAAGGGAAAGGAAAGCCCGUCGUUGGUGGGAAUUGCCAAUAGGAGAGACUCCCAGCCCGUAAACUGACAUUAUCGUUAUGGCCCGCUUUCCGAUCAUGGCCCACUAGCCGCGAUCAUGCUGAUUGUGGACAUGUUGACGCUGGCACUGGCAAAUGAGCCGAUAUGCGGCGGCAAAAUGAGAUCAAGUGGCAAGAGUGGCAGCAGCAAUAAUGGCUUUAAUGGGGAUAAUCAAGAAGGAGCAGGAGCUGGAGCAGGAGCAAUGGUGAUGGCCAACACGACCGGCGGUGGAGUAGGCCAAAACUUUGGGCCACUUUCUGGCCACUUGGCAUGCGAGGCACGCGACUCACGCGACAAUGUUGCUGCCGUGCAGUGCGAGGUGCGUCAGCAAUGCCACUCAGCGAUAGGCGGUGUGGAGGCGCGUGCGCGUGCUGAAUACACUGGCAACAACAAGGGCAGUGGCAACAGCAACAAUAGCAGCAACAACAGCAGCAAUAGCAACAACAACAGCUACAAUAGCAGCAACAAUAUCAGCAACACUAGGAGCAACAAUAACAGCUACAACAGCAGCAAUAACAGCAACAAUACAAACAAUUGCUGCAAUAAUAUCAGCAACAACAUCAGCAAUAUUAGCAACAAUAGCAGCAACAACUGCAGCUACAACAGCAGCAAUAUUAACAACAAUAGCUGCAACAACAACAGCAAUACUAGCAGCAACAUUAGCAACUCUGGCGACAACACAGCAACGGAAGUGGCCACGAAAUGUGAGUACGCGCAACUCGAGCGUGAGAGGCAGAGCGUGAGCGCAGGCGCAUACCUGCAACCACCCAAUGUGACAAUCAGCAGCAGCAGCACCACCAGCAGCAACAGCAACAACAGCAGCAGCAACAACAGUAACGGGAGCAACAACAAGGGGAGCAGCGCCUGCUCAAUACCUACAAUUGGCAGUGAGCUUUUCAAAGCCAACCUUGUGGCAGCAGCACAAGCAGCAGUCGUCGCAGCUGAGCAGCAGAGGCAGCAGCUACAACAGUCAACCAGCAGCAGCAGCAAUCAGUCAACGGAUUCUGGUCAAAAAUUGUGCAAAUUAAUUGAUUCCAGUGAAAAAUCAGUGGAAAUCAAUUGCCCCAGUCCUCGUGCCGCAGAAAAGCAGUUAAGGGGGAACAAGCAAAUAGCGAAAACUGGGCAAAUCGAAGUCGACGACGACAUCAGCAGCAGCAAUCACGACGAAAACGAAAACGAAAACGCAAACGACGACGAGGCGCGACGUACAGAAAAAAUUGUGCAAAAAAGCAGGCAAAGCGCGUUGUCUGCUCGCGCUAGAUACUUUUUUUAUCCCAGUGAAAAUGUGCAAAGUGCUACGGCAGCAGCAACAUUACUAACACCAGCAAUAUCAAUAGCAACAGCAACAGCAACAGCAACAGCAGAAGCAGCAGCGACAGGAGCAACCUUAAGCUCGAAAAAGGAGCAGCAGCAGGAGGAGGAGGAGGCGGAGGAGGCGAAGGAGGAGGCGGGGCAGGCGCCAUUGUCAUUGCCAUAUUACCAGCAAUACCCGUACCCAUUCACUUGCAAGCCCCCCAGCAACUCAUCCUUGGCUUUCUGUGGUGUUGAUAAUGUCGCUGGCAUUGCUGCUGUCCGCCCACCACAAACCUCGCCCCUUGUUGUUGCUGGCGGUUACGUGGAUUACGUGAAAAGCAUCGCUGAACAAGUGCAACACGACCAGCGACCAGCAGCAACAGCAGCAACAGCAGCAACAGCAGCAACAUGCAGCGAUUUAAAUGCAACAUCUGAGGAGAAACUCAUCGAUUGUGAGUCCUUGGUGGGCAAUACAUCAUCAGAAGUAACAGAAGUAGCAACAGCAACAGCAGCAACACCAACUGCAGUAGCAACAAGCUGCAGCGAGCAGGAUCUCAUCGAUUUUGAGCACGAUUUGGGCGAGGAUUUUGUGGCCAGCCAGCGCCUGAAGCGACUGCAGUGCAAUUUUCAGGGACGCGUGGCCAUUAGUAGUAACAUUGAUUGUGUAAAGGCAUCCUUGAGACCACAACAACAACAGCAGCAGCAGCAGCAGCAGCAGCAGCAGCAGGAGGAAGAGCAGCAACAAACAAUAAGCAUAACAAAGAAACUACCCCCAAAAGGAGACAGUCAGCACCGAACUCAAACCCCAACCCCAACCCCAAUCCAAACCCAAACUCAAGUCCCCAGCCAAACCCAGUCCAGCCAGAGCGAAGACAAUAAGACAAUUGCAGCAGUUACGGACGAAGCGGCGGACUCAAGUGCAAUUCAAUUAAAUGUGGAUGUCGAGCAAUUGCCAAAUGAAAGCGAAACAGCCAGACAAACAGCUGAAAAUCGCCAGGAGGAGCUGGAGCAGGAGCCACAUUUGCUGAAUACGCGUAGCGAGUUGUUGCCAGUGCGCAGGAUCGAGAGUAGCGGCCAAGUGGUGAUUGAAAUCGAAACGGACGGUGAGGCGGAGGAACCCGAACCGAAGAGCAGGAGCGCCUUUGUCCAGCCAGCCCAGUUGUUGUCCAGCGGACAGUUGAGGGCCUCGACGGAGGCCGGCGAUUUUGCGGCUGCCGCCUCGCUCAGUGAGUUCGAUGUCCAGCGUUUUGGUGAAUAUCUGAAGGCCGCCCGCCAAUUGCAGUGGCGCCACACAAAUCCGGAUAGCGGGGAUAACCGAAAGUAUCAGCAGGGCACUAGCGAUUUCCAGUGCUACGACGAAUUGCUGGCCGAGUUUGUCAGCGAACAGCAACAGGAUUACGGGCAGUUUGAAAGCGAUAGCAACGAAGUGAGCGAUAACGAAAGCGACAACGAUAGCGAUAACGAUUUGGCCAUCGAUAACGAUAGCGAAAGUGCCUGCCAGUGCCAUGAGUGCCUAGCCAGUCAGGAGCAGCAGACCAGAGCCAUCACUUUCGCAGUUGGCGGAGCCACAAACAGCCCUAAUUUAGCCUCGAAUCUAGUCCCAAGUCCAGCCUAUUUAGCCUUGAAUCUAGCCCCGAAUCUAGCCCCAAAUCUAGACCCGAAUCCAGACCAUCCCACCCACCUGACUAACGGCUACAAAAUGCGCGAGGUCAAUGGUCAGUUGCGCGGCCUGCUCAAGAAGCCAAAUCGACCGCCGCCGGCACGCAAAAAUCGCGUGGUCUUCGAUGAGACGCGCAACGAGUUCUUCGAGGCUGACUACAUAAUCCUGAUCCGCGAGGAUUGCGCAUACGACGAGGAGGACGAGGAGCCCUGCACCUGCGGCGAGCACGAGCUGGUGCGCCUCUGCUGCGAGGAGGGAUGCCAGUGCAACUACGCCGUCAAUCCCGCCGAGGCGGGCGAGGGCAGGACGCCACAGAGUCCCAAAUACCAGCCGCCAAUUGAGUUCGUGGACGAUGCGGCACUCAGUCCGCCCGAUGGCUACAAGGACAGCAGUCUGAAGAACACGCUCGGCGGCGCCUUGAGCGGCCACAUCUUCGGGGCGCAACAUCUGCAGCAGCUGCAGGUCAUUCAGCGCCUGCAACAGCAGCGUGCCGCGAUGCUGGCCGCCCGAAAUACCACAAGCGGUGGUCAGAUACCGCCUCCGCCCCCGCCCGUCGGCAGUGCCCAGCAGCAGCAGCAGCAACAACAACAACAACUACAGCAGCAGCAACAACAACAACAACAACCACAACAGCAGCAGCAGCAGCAACAGCAACACCAGCAACCUCAUCAUGGAGCAAUGCAGCAGCAGCAAUCGGAGGAUGACCUGCAGGGCGUUUGCACCGAGUGUGCCGAGUGCGCCGAAUGUGCGGCCAAGCAGCUCCAGGAAGCAGAAUGCAGCUCACCGCAGUGUCCGGAGGAGAUGACUCCGCUCGGGGUUCCCGCCGUGGCCAUCCUGCCACUGCACACCAGUUCCCCGGAGCGCCGCAUCACCCAGAAGGAGAUCAUCGCUGGCGAGGAGCGGCCCAAGUACGUCCUGCAGUCGCAGUACAAGCCAUCACCCACAGCAGUGGUGGUCAAGGCUAGAAAGGAGUCGGGCAGUGGGAAGGCCAGUUCCGGAUCCGGAUCCGUCUCGAGCUCCGGCUCCAGUUCCGUCUACGGAUCGACGACAAGCCAAGUCCCGGCCCCGAUCAGUAGCUCCUCGAAAAAUAAACGAUUUGUUGUUGAAACCAUUACUACUAUGACCACAGUGACCGAGCGCCGCAUCAUCCGGGAGGCGCACGAAGAUGUGGCAACCGCUCCGGGUAGUGCCGCUCCCGGCCCCGCCCCCGCUUCAGGCACCGCCCCCUCCUCAGUUGAAGCAGCUGCUGCGGAUAUGCAACCGCCCGCCUUGCCGGCCAAGGCCAGUGCCACAGCAGCAGGCGGCGCCGCAGCAGCCGCCGCAGCAGCCGCCGCAGCAGCCGCCGCAGCAGUCGCAUCAGCAUCCGCAGCAAGCCCAUCCGAGCAGCAGCAAUCCGAGGCCCAGAAACCACCACCCAUACCGCCCAAGGAGACCUCGCCCACGCAGAUCAGUGGAAUUCUUAAGGGUGGCAAGCUAUGGAAGCAGGACUCCAUCUCUCAGCAGUCGGAUGACCAGAACAACACCACAUCGGAGGACGAGAGUGGGGCCACAAAGCGUUCGGUGCGUUUUGUUACCGAGGAUCAGGCGAAUGCCGGCACCGACAGCGAUGCCCAGUCCUUGGCUGGCGAUCUGGACGACAGCGAGAACCAGAUCAACGAGCUGAUCCCCAUCAAGAAGCAUUCGACGCUUUUCAACAACGCCCUGCGUCCCAAUUCGGCAGUGCGCCAGCUCUUCCCCAGCGUCUCGGCCCAUCAGGCGCCCGUCCUCACCUCGGAGGCACUGCGGGCCUUCGAUGAGUCCAAGCGGGCCGGCUGCCUGGUCACCCACCUGCCCGGGAGCUGUGGCGACUCCGACACCCUGCGCCGCAGCAUGGAGCGGAAUAUCCUGCGCCGAUCGUUGAUCAAGAAAAAGGCUGUAAAGUCGGACAUAUCGCUGGAGGAGCGCAUCAAGCAGCUGACCUGCGACAUCGACGAGGAUCUGGCCGAGGAACUGCAGCGGGCUGUGGACGAGGACGCCGAAGCUGCCGCCGAACGGGCCGAUGAGCUGGCCCAGCGCAACAGUCCCGCCGGCGAGGAGAAUCCCAAUCCGGUGCCCGGCUCCGGUCCACCACACAAGUUUGUCAACGGCGAGAAGAGCUUCUCGCCGAGCAGCUCGGUAUCGAGCUCCUCGAGCGGUUCGUCGGCCUACAAGAAAAUCGCCGACAUCUUCAAUCGCGACAAGAAGCAGGAGAAGAUCAUGGAGAUGGAGGAAAACCCCAUUGUCAUUAUACCCCAGGAGUGUCGUUGUCCGGCAGCUCCAGACUUGGGCAUGGGCAUCCAGGUGCCGGUGGUGCACACGCAGAUCCAUCGCACUCCACCGCGCCAGACGGAGCCGAAGCGCCAGUUCCUGUCCUCCACUCUGGCCCCCCUGACCGCCUGUGUGGCUGGGAACAAGGAUGACCUAUCCUCGUACUACACACUGGCCGCCGCUGCCGCCGCCCAUCCACAUGCCCAUGGGCACGCCCACACGCAUGCGCAUGCCGCCCACUAUGCCGCCGCCGCUGCGGCGGCUGACUUCAAUAUGGGUCAGCUUUUGGGAGCGGCUGCAGCGGCCGCCGCCUCUGGAGAUCCGGCUGCCCAGCAUGCUGCUGCCAUGGCGGCUCAGGGAUUGGCCCAGGGACUAGCUGCAGCAGGAGGAGGUGGGGGAGUAGGAGGAGCUGGAGGAGGCGGAGGAGGAGAGGACCCCCGCAAGGUGGCGCCCGAUGUGAUUGCAGGAACGCCGGGACAGGAGAUUGCCGGUCGGCCGGAGCAGGACGAACUGGCCGCCUUCGCCCAGGCGGAUGCCAAGCGGACCGAGCAGCUCAAGAAGCGGUACACGGGAGCGGGCUCGUCGGAGCCCAGCCAAUCGCAGGCCAGCAGCGAUGACGACGAACAGAACGACUAUGGGUUCAACAAGCGGCCCUCGGUGCGCGGCAUCAAGCCCAAGUUCAGCUCGACCAACGAGAUAUUGGCCCAAAUGCAGGAGCAGCUGAGUGCGGCGAUACCCACGGUGGUCAAUAGCCAGCCAGUGCAGCAUGCUGUGAAGGGCUAUGCCAUGCCCAAUACGCUCAAGCAGAAUCCCUCGCCGCAGAAUGUGCCACAGAAUGUGCAACAGCAGCAGCAGCAACAACAGCAACACCAGCAGCAACAUCAGCAGCAACAUCAGCAGCAGUUGCAGCAACAGAUGGCCGCUGCUCUGCAGAAGACCGAGCAACGGACGUGGAGUUUCUACAGCGAGACCGGGGAGCAGCAGCGCUUCCCCAUGGACGCGGCCGCUAUCCAGCAGACCUACUAUCAGACCCUGCCCGCCGGCACCAUGUUCCGGCAGACGAUGAUCCAGCAGGGCGCCACUGCGGCAGGCGGCGGUGCCGACGAUGCCUCGCUGUUGUACGCCGCCGCAGCGGCUGCCCAAAAUUGCCAGAGCGUCACCGCCACGGCAACCGCAACGGCCACCGCCACCGCCACGGCCAUCGAGCAGAGCAAGCACAGCAGCUACAGCAGCCACUUCGCCCGCAGCCCCACCCGGCGGCCCGAGUCGCCGCCGCCGCUGCGCAACUACCACCAGACCAUGGUCCUCAUCCCGUACAACGCGGAGACCUACUCCCAGUUCGCCACCAGCAGCAGCGGCGAUCCCAAGCUGGCCCACAUCCAGCGGCAGAAUAUCCUCGAAUACCAGCAGGUUACCCAGCAGACGAUUCGUGUGCCCAUUGGCUACGCCCUGCCUGGCAUGCAGUUGCAUGUGGUCGGUGGGCGUGGCCACGCCGCCCACUACGCACAGCACCAGCAGCAGCACCAGCAACAACAACAGCAGGUUCAGCAACAGCAGCAGCAACAACAGCAGCAACAGCAGCGCCUGAUGCAAGGACACUAUCAGUUUGGACCGGAGGGCGGAAUGCCCGGUUUCAGUGAGCGUGGAGUGCCCGAAGGAGCGGCGGCUGUUUCGCACAGCGAUUGCAAUGCCAUGGUAUCGCCGACCUCGGCGGCAGCAGCAGUACAGCAGCAACAGCAACAGCAGCAGCAGCAACAACAGCAGCAGCAGCAGCAACAGCAGGUUGCCGGUGGUGUGGGUGUGGGCGUGGGCGCCCAGGCACAGGGAUCCGUUUACUAUGCGAUGAACGUAUGACCCACGCUCGAAUAGUCGCUGCCAGCGGCGGUCAUUGUCGAGCGCCGCCAGUGUCAACUAGUCGAAAUGUCAGCGACUUCAGUGCAUUUGGGGAGCGGCGGCAUGGGCGGCAGAUGAGCGCCAGCCCCGCUAGAUACCUCGAGUUCCCAUGA